UCAAUCUUUAUUGGUCAGAAAUGGAAGAUAGCAAGCAGCCCCUUCUCUCCCCAAGAGAGGACCAAAAUUCACAGAGUCCCCACCAUCUUCUCCGGCCAUACACUUCUUCCUUCUCUUCCUUCGUCGCCGAUGCCGACGACAUCGCCCCCAUCUCCGGCGUCAGGGACUUCUUCCGAGAGUUCGUGGUCGAGUCCAAAAAGCUCUGGUACCUCGCCGGUCCGGCAAUUUUCACCUCAAUCUGCCAGUACUCCCUCGGCGCCAUCACCCAGACCUUCGCCGGCCAUCUCGGAACCCUCGAUCUAGCAGCCGUCUCCGUCGAGAACUCCGUCAUCGCCGGCUUCUCCUUCGGCGUCAUGCUGGGAAUGGGAAGUGCGCUGGAAACCCUAUGCGGGCAAGCUUUCGGCGCCGGACAACUGGACAUGCUUGGCGUCUAUAUGCAGAGAUCGUGGGUGAUUCUGAACACGACGGCCUUCGCUUUAACGUUCCUAUACAUCUUCGCCGCGCCGUUCCUGAGACUCAUCGGUCAGACCGACGACAUAGCCAGGGCGGCGGGCACGUUCGCGGUGUGGAUGAUUCCGCAGCUCUACGCCUACGCGAUGAACUUUCCGAUCGCCAAGUUCCUGCAGGCGCAGAGCAAGAUCAUGGCGAUGGCGGUGAUAUCGGCCGUGGCUCUGGUUCUGCACACCUUCUUCAGCUGGCUGCUGAUGCUGAAGCUGGGGUGGGGCCUGGUCGGCGCGGCCGUCGUGCUCAACCUCUCCUGGUGGUUCAUCGUGGUGGCGCAGCUGGUGUACAUCUUCGCCGGCGCGUGUGGCCGUGCUUGGAUCGGGUUCUCAUGGAAGGCCUUUCAGAAUCUUUGGGGGUUCGUUCGGCUGUCGCUUGCGUCGGCGGUGAUGCUCUGCUUAGAGGUGUGGUACUUCAUGGCCUUAAUCCUCUUCGCUGGAUACUUGAAGAAUGCAGAGGUGUCGGUGGACGCUUUAUCAAUAUGCAUGAACAUAUUGGGCUGGGCAGUGAUGGUGGCUCUCGGCUGCAAUGCAGCCAUAAGUGUAAGGGUGUCGAAUGAGCUGGGAGCCGCCCACCCGAGAACGGCCAAGUUCUCGGUGGUGGUGGUCGUGUUAUCUUCAAUGGCGAUUGGUAUUCUACUCUCCCUCCUCCUCAUCAUCUUCAGAAAACAAUACCCGUCCCUGUUUGCAGAGAGUCGGGAGGUAAAGGAUCUGGUGGACGAGCUCACUCUAAUACUAGCAGCUUGUAUUGUCAUUAACAAUGUCCAACCUGUUCUCUCAGGGGUGGCCAUCGGAGCUGGAUGGCAGGCUGUUGUUGCCUAUGUCAACGUAGCAUGCUACUACUUAUUUGGCAUUCCUUUGGGCCUCUUCUUGGGUUACUAUCUCAACUUGGGUGUCAAGGGCAUUUGGUAUGGCAUGAUGUCUGGAACAGUGGUACAAACUUGCGUCCUAUAUUGGAUCAUUCAUCGAACAAACUGGAAUAAAGAGGCUUCUAUCGCUGGGAACAGAAUAAAGCAAUGGGGUGGAGAGCCAGAAGGCCCGGAGACCGACGUAGAGAGAUCAAAUUGAAGCUAGGAAUUAUUAUUAUUAUUAUUAUUAUUAUGCCAAAUUAUGAACAUGAAUUUUUGGUAGGAUAAUGCUUCACCGUA